AGGAGCACUUGCAAUGGCAAUGCCAGUCCCAGCUCACCAGAGGUGAAACCUGGAGCCACCUAGUCCCAUGUGAGUGCUGCUGCAUGAGUUCCUGUGCCAUUCCAGCUCCCUUGGCCCCCUGACAUCUGAUGAUACAGUGAGCCAUGGGCAGCGUCCGAGUCAACAGAUACAGCAUCGUCUCAACUGAAGAGGAUGGACACAAGGUCUCUGCACUGGGCAGCAUGAACGGGCACAGCCGGAAUGGGAAGGACCACGCUCCCCGGCGGAAGCACCGCAACCGUUUUGUGAAGAAGAAUGGCCAGUGCAAUGUCUACUUUGCCAACCUGAGCAACAAGUCUCAGCGCUACAUGGCCGACAUCUUCACCACCUGUGUGGACACGCGCUGGCGGUACAUGCUCAUGAUCUUCUCGGCUGCCUUCCUGGUCUCCUGGCUCUUCUUUGGCUUCCUCUUCUGGUGCAUCGCUUUCUUCCAUGGUGACCUCAAUGCACCGGUGGUGGGAGGUGGUCCCUCUCUCCUAAAGCCCUGCAUCAUGCACGUGAACAGCUUCCUAGGGGCUUUUCUUUUCUCGGUGGAGACACAGACAACCAUUGGGUAUGGCUUCCGCUGCGUGACUGAGGAGUGCCCGCUGGCUAUCAUGGCAGUUGUGGUCCAGUCCAUCGUGGGCUGUGUUAUCGACUCCUUCAUGAUUGGCACUAUCAUGGCCAAGAUGGCAAGGCCCAAGAAGCGGGCCCAGACCCUCCUCUUCAGUCAUCAUGCAGUCAUCUCUGUGCGGGAUGGCAAACUGUGCCUCAUGUGGAGGGUGGGCAACCUGAGGAGGAGUCACAUCGUGGAGGCCCAUGUCCGAGCCCAGCUCAUCAAGCCCUACAUGACAGAGGAAGGGGAAUACCUCCCCCUGGACCAGCGGGACCUAAAUGUGGGCUAUGACGUGGGUCUUGAUCGUAUAUUUUUGGUCUCACCCAUUAUUAUCGUUCAUGAGAUUGAUGAGGAGAGCCCACUCUAUGGUAUUGGCAAGGAGGAGCUGGAGACAGAGAACUUUGAGAUUGUGGUUAUUCUGGAGGGGAUGGUGGAAGCCACAGCCAUGACCACACAGGCACGAAGCUCUUAUCUCGCUAGUGAAAUCCUUUGGGGUCAUCGUUUUGAACCAGUUGUGUUUGAGGAGAAGAACCACUACAAAGUGGAUUAUUCACGCUUUCACAAGACCUAUGAGGUAGCUGGCACACCUCGCUGCUCAGCCCGGGAGCUACAAGAAAGCAAGAUGACUAUCCUACCUUCUCCCCCACCUCCCAGUGCCUUUUGCUAUGAGAAUGAGCUGGCACUUGUCAGUCAAGAUGAAGAUGAAGAUGAUGACGAAGUGGGUGUGGUGUUAGGGGGCAGCACCAAGGAGGAGGGAGGUAUCAUCCAGAUGAUGGAUUUUGGAAGCCACCUGGACCUGGAGCGGCUCCAGGCAACUCUGCCUCUAGAUACAAUCUCAUACCGCAGGGAGUCAGCCAUCUAAUUCCUCCAGUCUCCCCAUUUCAUUCCUAUUGCCCACAGUCUCCUCUGUUCUGCACCCAUACACUGGAUAAGUUCCUUGACCACCAAAAAAUGUGUCCCAUGACUGCCUCUCAGCCCCUGAGUACAUCAAGGCCGGGAGCUGCUCUGAAAUACUCACUUUCCUGUGAAGUCAUGCUGCCUGGAAGAGGAGUGAGGAUACACUACUCUUCCUGGGUAUGCAGCUUAUACUAGGAUCCCUUUCCUGCCCAGAGACAGGAGAGCAGCAGGCCUGAUUUCUUGUCUCUGGAGAGAUGACAGAGUCCCUGCCUUCAAAGGACAGACUGGGACCUGCAGCAAGUGUAUCUGCUGCUGAGGCAACAGCAGACUUUCUGUCCCCUCUUGGUAUGGGUGGGCCCCAUGGCUGUCAGGGGUCAUGGCCAUCUCUACGAGAGGAGCAAUUGCUAAGCACUGACCAGACGAGGAUGGAAGGGAGAGUUCAGGACUCCUGGAAGGAGUGGGGAAGGAUCUCAAGGGACAAGUUUACUUGCAUGUUUGUUGCUUGUUGCACAUGAUUCUCUCUUUGUAUAUAAAACAGAAGAAGAAAUGAAAUCCAUAUUCUUCCACUGCAAAUGUGAAGGUAGGAGACAAGGACAUUCUACAUAGCCUACUCUUGGCUUUUGGUAUCUGUCACCUCCAGAAGCAGCUCAGCUCCAUGGACUCAGACCCAGUUCUCCCAGUCCUUUUGAAAAACACAUCCUGCCCCCCUCCUGAAACAUCUGGAGGAGGAGACAGGGCCCAGUUCUUGCCACACUCAGACUGCUCCCUGGCACGGCACAGCCAGGAUGACAGACAAAUGACCUGACCGGACAGCAGACCCUCCAUUUGCUCCUUUCACCUCCUCCAUUCUUCCCCCUGCUGCCAUCAGCUGUAAAACUGAUUUGUAACUAUUUAUUUUUAAUAAAGUCUAAUAUCCCAA